UAAUAACUUUUGUAACUAAUAUUAUUUUUUCAAAUGAAAUUAAUACUGAUAAAAUUUGUAUCAGUUUCUUCACGACAGUUACAUAACCUUAAUUCGAACAAUGGGAUCUUUCUAGGGCGAAUUUUUAAUUCUGCUCAUUAAUAUGCAUCAAAUGAUUGUUUAUAAUCUUCAAUCAGAUUUUUUGAAAAAACAGGAUACACAUCCCAUGAAUAAAUCAAUACCAUUUAAUUACAGGUUAGAAAUCUGAUUUUCGAACAAUGUAUUUAUAGAGGAACCUAUAAUUAAAUAUGCAAAUAAUAGAUUAAUCAAAUUAAUAUAAAUAGCCGCGAAAAAAAUUAUAAUUCAUGCCUUCAAAAGAAACACCGUAAAAAUGGAUCUCAAAUACUUGGGAAUUUUCGUCGCCAUUUUGAUGGUUGACUCAUCAGCAGCUGAAGUAGAUCCAACAAUAGCGAUAAAAUUUAAGAAACUCGAAGCAACUACUGUUGACAAUCCAUUCUUUGAAGAGUUAACAACUGAAAUCUCCAAAUCUGAGUUAGAAGGAACUGCGAAAUUUGCAAUUAAACAAUCACUCACUCCAACGAUGAAGAUAUCAUUAACUGCUGAACGUUUAGGACAACAAGUCGCAGAAUUUGAAGAUGAUAUUUGCGAAUUGAUGAAAAACGAAAUUUACGGAAAAGAGUUGAUCAAGUAUGGAUUGCCUAAGGAUAAAUUCCCAAAGGAUUGUCCAGUAACACCGGGCGAUUAUGAGAUAAGAGAAUAUCCGUUGCCAAAAGAUAAAUUUCCCACGGAAACACCACCUGGUGUUUAUUUUAUGAAAAUGCUCAUUGGUGAACCUGAACAAGAUCCAUUUGUUAGUAUAGACAUUAUAAUAGAUAUUGUUCAUGAAGCGCCUAAUGGUGUACCAGUUCCUGCAUUACCAUCUCCUAAAUUGGGUUAAUUUUGUAUUGGAUUAUUUUCGUCUCCUCUUUUAUGACAAUGGAUUUAUAUUAAAUAUUAUUAUAUGUUUGUAGUAAGUAGAAAUGCUUUAUGUAGUAUGAGUAGAUAAAUAAAUAAGUAGUGCUGCAAUUA